AUGAAUAUGAAUGAUAGUUUCUUUGACAACAUCUUAGUCGGCACUUAGAAUGUGAACACCAGUAAUAAACCUUAAACAAUUUGUAAAUCAUUGGAACGUACCUUUGCUGUGUGUAGUUAACCAAUUAAGAAAACUACCUAGCAUCAUCAUACCCAACAACAAGAGGAUUCAAAAAGUCAAAGGCAUUCCACUCAACAAUUAGAUUAUUAUUUAAAACAACAAAACAAAACAAAUACACUAAAUAAUCAGUCCAAAAGUUAUCGUAGUAUCAAGUAAUCAGACUCCAAUCAUCAAACUUAAAUACCUUAAAAGUCAUAUCUCAAACAACAAAUGAGGUUGAAAAUUAAUUUAGAAAAUGAAGCCUUUCAAUCGAACUUAAGACACAAGACCCAGUCUUCUCACAACACAACCAAUCCCUAUUAAGGAUCCAUAGUUAAUCUCAUGAAGUAGCAAAUGCAAAAAUAAUAAUAAAGUUUCUUGAACAUCUGUAAAACCAUGAACGACGAUUCCAAAUCCAGGAUAUCUUCUACACAUAGAUAAUCCUUAAUUCCAUCCAAGUUGACUUAGAGAUAGGAUUCUUAAAAUAUUCGAAAAAGCAAUUCUGUCUACAUGUAGGAGUUCAGAAAGGUGUUUAGUAAAACAAAAUAUAGUAUACACAAUAAAGUUUGA